UCACACACAACAACAUUGCAAUGCAAUACAACCCUUGCAAGAAAGAAACCUAAAACCCAAAAAUUCAAUUAAAAAAAAUAAUAAUAGAGCUUCUUUCUCAGAUCUGACUUUCACAAAUUUCACACUUCAUCUGCUCAUGGAUAUUUUUCGUUUUUCUUUUCGUUAAUCCCUUCCGUGGAAAGAGGCUUUGAUUUUGUGGAAUUCCAAUUCGGAGAUCCUUUUCCUAUUUUUGGUUCUGAUUUUGGUGGAAAAUGGAAAAGGUGGCUGCGCCUCCGAUUCUGAUGCAGCGGAAGCGCGAUCUGUCGUACGGCGUCGUUGCGGGGAGUCCGAGCGAGAGCUGGAAGUGGGAGUGGGACAGCGUGCGGUUUGCGGGGAAGCCUCCGAGCGACGACGUCGUGUUCGAGGAGGAGAGCGUUGCGGCGGUUGCUCCUCUCCAGCUCAACCUCGCGGGGAGGGUGAGCGGCGGUGGUAACAAGAGAGUGCGCUCGGGGUCGCCCGGAACGGCGACGUAUCCGAUGUGUCAGGUGGAUAACUGCAGGGAGGAUCUGUCGAAGGCGAAGGACUAUCACAGGAGGCACAAGGUGUGCGAGGCGCAUAGCAAAGCCUCCAAGGCGCUUCUUAGCAACCAAAUGCAAAGGUUUUGUCAGCAGUGUAGUAGGUUUCACCCGCUGUCCGAGUUUGAUGAGGGGAAACGGAGUUGCCGCCGUAGACUCGCUGGACACAACCGCCGCCGGAGGAAAACGCAGCCGGAGGAUGUUACUUCCGCCACGCAGGUCCCCGCCGCCGCCGUCGCAGCAGCAGCAAAUUUGGAAAUCUUCAACUUGUUGACUGCAAUAGCCGGAGCUUCGCAGGGAAAAUUUGAAGAAAGAUCACAAGUUCCGGACAGAGAGCAGCUUGUUCAGAUUCUCAACAGGAUACCUUUGCCUGCGGAUCUUGCAACCAAGUUGCGGGAUGCUGGUAAUGUCAACGGGAAAAAGGAUCAUGUACAAUCGGAGACACCAUCCUCCUAUCACCAUCAUGACCAACUGAACCACACCCCAGCUACCCCAUUAACUAUGGACUUACUUGCUGUUCUUUCCACGAGUCUGUCUGGGUCUGGCCCUGAUGCCAAUGCGUCCCCCUCUCAAAAUCGAAGCUGCAGCAGUGAUGGCGGUAGUGUUAAAUCUAGGAGUAGUGCUGAUCAGACGAGACAACAGCACUUCUUUUCAGUUGGCGGAGAAAGAAGCAGUAGCAGUUCCCAGUCUCCAGUUGAAGAUUCAGACUGCCAGGAGGAUGUUAGAGUUAAUUUACCGCUGCAACUCUUUAGCUCCUCCCCAGAAGAGGACAGCUUGCCUAAACUUGCAUCUUCAAGAAAGUAUUUCUCGUCUGACAGUAGCAACCCUGCAGAAGAGAGGUCACCAUCGUCUUCUCCUCCUUCUCCUCCUGUUGUGGAGAUGCAGUUUGAUUUGCAGGGUGGUGCUACAGGUCUAAAGCCGGAGAGCAUCUCUUCUGGAAGAGGAGUUAAUUCAAACAAGGAAGCUAGCCAAAGUCAUAGUUGUAAUAUCUCUCUCGAUCUAUUUAAAGGGUCAAAUAAAAGGAUCCAACAACCUAGUUGGCUUCAAAGUGUUCCAUUUCAAGCUGGGUAUACAUCUUCGGGCUCUGAUCAUUCACCUCCCAGUUUGAAUUCAGAUGCUCAGGAUCGCACUGGUAGAAUAAUGUUUAAACUAUUUGACAAGCAUCCAAGCCAUUUCCCAGAAACAUUGCGAGCACAGAUUUACAGUUGGCUUUCUAAUAGGCCAUCAGACAUGGAGAGCUACAUACGGCCUGGUUGUGUGGUCCUAUCACUUUAUGCUUCAAUGUCUUCUGCUGCCUGGGAGAAACUAGAGGAAAACUUCCUCCAACAUGUUCAUUCUUUAAUUCAAAAUUCAGAUUCUGACUUUUGGAGAAGUGGAAGGUUUCUAGUACAUUCUGGCAGUCAAUUGGCUUCACACAAAGAUGGGAAGGUACGCAUAUGCAAACCAUGGAGAACGUGGAAGUCGCCAGAGUUGAUAUCUGUGUCCCCUUUGGCAAUUGUUAGUAGACAGGAAACCUCUAUUUCAUUGAAGGGCAGAAACCUGUCAACUCCUGGCACAAAGAUCCACUGUACGGGUACUGGCUCUUACUCAUCAGCGGAAGUCAUCAGAUCUUCAUAUCCUGGUGUGGUGUAUGAUAAUAUAAAGUUAAGUGGUUUUAAAGUUCAGGAUGUUUCACCUGGUGUUGUGGGUCGCUUUUUUAUUGAGAUUGAAAAUGGUUUCAAGGGUAACAGUUUUCCAGUGAUAAUAGCCAAUGAGACCAUUUGCAACGAAUUGAGAUUACUUGAGUCUGAAUUUAAUGAGGAGGAAAAAAUAUGCGAUGCCAUUUCAGAAGAGCAUGAACAUAAUUUUGGAAGGCCGAGAUCAAGGGAGGAGGCUUUGCAUUUUUUGAAUGAGCUUGGCUGGCUGUUCCAAAGAGAAAGGUUCUCAUAUAUGCAUGAGGUUCCAUGUUAUUCGCUUGACAGGUUCAAAUUUGUUCUCACAUUUGCUGUGGAAAGAAACUGUUGUAUGUUAGUCAAAACCCUUCUCGAUGUACUGGUUGAUAAACACUUGCAAGGGGAGUCGUUGUCAACAGGGUCAGUGGAAAUGUUGAAUGCAAUCCAACUCUUAAAUAGAGCAGUGAAAAGAAAGAACAUAGGCAUGGUUGAUUUGCUCAUUCACUAUUCUUUACCGAACAAAAAUAGUACAUCCAGCAAAUAUGUAUUUCCUCCUAAUCUUGAGGGUCCUGCUGGUAUUACACCCUUGCACUUGGCAGCAUGCACGUCUGGUUCUGAGGGUGUAGUUGACUCUUUAACAAGUGACCCACAGGAGAUUGGCUUGAAGUGCUGGGAAUCCCUUGUGGAUGCUAACGGGCAGACUCCACAUGCGUAUGCUAUGAUGAGGAAUAAUAACUCCUAUAAUGUGCUGGUUGCCCGUAAACUUGCUGAUAGACGAAGGGCUGAAAUUUCAGUAACAAUUGAGAAUGAGGUAGAGCAAGCCUCUCUGAGGGUAGAGCUUAACCAAAAGCAAAGUAACCUACUCAAACGAGGUCAGAGUUCUUGUGCCAAGUGUGCGACUGCAGAAAUUCGCUACAACAGAAGAUUUUCAGGUUCACACGGUUUGCUUCACCGCCCCUUUAUUUAUUCAAUGCUAGCCGUUGCUGCAGUUUGUGUUUGUGUUUGUGUGUUCUUCCGUGGACGCCCUUGCGUAGGCUCAGUUGCUCCCUUCAGUUGGGAAACCCUGGAUUUUGGCACAAUGUAAUGCUAUCGGUAUUAGGGAUUUGGAUAGAAAGGAAGUGGAAGGCAUAAUAAACCAGGUGGGAAACCCAAUUGAUACCUUUUUCCCCUCGCAUGGAAAAACUGCUUCUGUGGGGAAAUGCGGGAUUUUGUGAAAAGAGCAUAAUAUAAACAUAUCGUGUGGUGAUGUAGAGUUGUGGAGGUGUUUGGCAGGUCAAAAAACAAAUUAGGACUGCCUUGUGUAUAGAUUCUGACUUGAAUGCUGCAUCAUUGUGCCGAGUUUUAAGGAUAUGACAAGCUAUACCUGAAUGUUCCAUCUGUUGGUGUUGGAAACUCAGUUAGAAAAGUCUUCAGCUUUUUUGGCCAGAUAAAACCUGACACCCCCAAUUUAAAGUUGGAAUGGAACGGUGAAUAUGACCACAAGAAAGCAGUAAGCAUUCGGAAUAAAGGGAACUUUGGUGAGUAAAUGUUGGUUGUUCUUUGUGAGGUCGAUACUUAGGGGUUCAUUGCCUCCUUCCCAACGGUAAACCACAAAAAGUUCCAUGCUUUUAUUUUUUUUUUUCUUUCCCUUAAUUGUUCUGUUAUUUUAAAUCAAAAUCACUAGUCUAAGUUAUUCUGAUGCAUAAGUUUCGAUACUGUAAAGUUUGAUUUGAGGUUACUGAUCAUAGGGCUGACCAUACAAUAUGAUUAAAAAGUGUAACAUAUUUCAAGUUGUAUCUAAUUUAGUUGACGUUUCAGAUU